UGCCGCCGCACAACGUCGCGCUCUCGUUGGGCGCUCGCGCGUGCCUGCAUCGCAGAGACCGCCUGAUCGCGCUGCUCCUUGCUGGCUACGCGCGGCAGGUGUGGCUAUAUGCUCCUGCCGCACCGCACGCCUCGGCCGAUCUCUUGCUGCCGGACCGCAUCCCUCCCUCCGCAAAGCUUGCCGCUGACCCCAUCUCCCAGUCACGAUGGCGCCCGCCACGACGUCUCCGGCCCCGUGCGCCGACUGCGCGCCGUCCGAGGGCCCCGUGAAGCACAUCAACGGCAGCAACGGCGUCGACAAGACGCACGUCGGCAUUGCCAACUCGGUCGCCUCCAAGGGCGUCGAGACGCAGGCCGAGGCGCCGCCGACGCGCUUUGCCAUGCCGUUCAUGAACCGCGACUCGAACAGCAACGUCGCAAACUUCAAGAUCAUCGAGUCCACUCUCCGCGAGGGCGAGCAGUUCGCCAACGCCUUCUUCGACACGGAGACCAAGAUCAAGAUCGCCAAGGCGCUCGACGCCUUCGGAGUUGACUGCAUCGAGCUCACGUCGCCGGCCGCGUCGGAGCAGUCGCGGCGCGACUGCGAGGCGAUCUGCAAGCUCGGCCUCAAGGCCAAGGUCAUCACGCACAUCCGCUGCCACAUGGACGACGCGCGCAUUGCCGUCGAGACGGGCGUCGACGGCGUCGACGUCGUCAUGGGCACGAGCAAGUUCCUGCGCGAGUUCUCGCACGGCAAGGACAUGACGUACAUCACCAAGGCGGCCAUCGAGGUGAUUGAGUUCGUCAAGAGCAAGGGCAUCGAGAUCCGCUUCUCGACGGAGGACAGCUUCCGCUCGGACAUUGUCGACCUGCUCAGCAUCUACCAGGCCGUCGACAAGGUCGGCGUGAACCGCGUCGGCAUUGCCGACACGAUUGGCAUUGCCAACCCGCGGCAGGUGUACGAGCUGACGAAGAUGCUGCGGAGCGUCGUCAAGUGCGACAUUGAGGUGCACCUGCACAACGACACGGGCUGUGCCAUUGCCAACGCGUACACCGCGCUCGAGGCCGGCGCCACGCACAUCGACACGUCGGUGCUCGGCAUCGGCGAGCGCAACGGCAUCACGCCGCUCGGCGCGCUCAUGGCGCGCAUGUACACCGAGGACCGCGAGUACGUGAUGGGCAAGUACAACCUCAAGAUGCUGCGGCAAAUCGAGGAGCUCGUCGCCGAGGCCGUGCAGAUCCAGAUCCCGUUCAACAACUACGUCACGGGCUACUGCGCCUUCACGCACAAGGCCGGCAUCCACGCCAAGGCCAUCCUCGCGAACCCGAGCACGUACGAGGUGCUGCGCCCCGAGGACUUUGGCAUGACGCGCUACGUCAACAUCGGCUCGCGCCUGGUGGGCUGGAACGCCGUCAAGAGCCGUGCCGAGCAGCUCGGCCUUGAGCUCAGCGACGAGCACAUCAAGAUCGUCACGGCCAAGAUCAAGGCGCUGGCCGACGUGCGCGAGCAAACCAUCGACGACGUCGACCAGCUGCUGCGCGAGUUCGAGCAGCAACUGUGAUGCUCUGCCCGCCUCUUGCUUGCCUCCUUCUCGCCGUCUCAGCCUAUUCUGCUCGUGUCUCAUUCUGCAUUACUACAUCUGCGGCCUCGCUCCUGCACCCCCCACCGAGCGUUGUCGCGACGCUCAUCAACACCAAAUCAGUCCCGUGCC